GCUCCUACAUUCGAAGAUGCCACGCUACGGGAAAAUCGUUGUCAUUAAAAGGAAUGGGACCGAUGGAAUUGUUUUUCCACUCACCUCAACUUCGUGUUUAUUUGGAAGGAAAACAGAAUGCGACAUCCGCAUGCGGCUGCCCUGGGUGUCCAACGAGCACUGCAAAAUCGAGAUCAACGAGAACAAGGAGGCAGUCCUGACCAACCUGAGCACGGUGAACCCCACGCAGCUGAACGGGGCUUGCCUGGAGCAGCCCGUUUCCCUGAAGCACGGAGAUGUGUUAACCAUCAUCGACCGCUCCUUCAGGUUUGAAUAUCCUCUGCAAUCAACUCCGAAAAAGAGGCGUUCCAGGUCUCCAAAAGAUGAAACUCUGCAGGUUCUUCAUGUUCAGCAGGUGGCAGAAGUGGAAUUAUUACACAAACAAACUUCAGGAGUUAAAAGUCUUGAUGCUUCAGAUAAUGCUGAGUGUGAAGAAAAGAAUGCCAAUAAAAAUAAACAAACUCCAGGGAAAAAUCUUCCUGGAGCUUUUCCCAUCAAACUCCAAACACCCAAAUCUUCACAGAGAAUACAUCAUGUUCUUAAAAAGCAAAAUGAAAUGUCUCCCUUUAGUAAGCUCUAUGAAAAUCUGAAAAACGAGCUGAAAGUGGAAAAACCUCUGCCCAGGGGAUCUCCCUCUCGGCAGGCUGCAAAAGGAGACCCUGGGAGUGUCCUGCCAGAACCAGGUGCUCCCAUUCCAGCCCCGAGUGUUCCUUUUGAUCUGGGCAGCCCAGCUGAAGGAAAGGAGACAGGCAGGGUGCAGGGAAAUCUUGAGGAGUGUAUAAUUGUGAGAUGUGACAGAGACAGCCCAGGGUUUAACCAGCUGUCAGCAGCUGCAGGGAGAACUCCCAGGAGCAGUUUUGCCAGGAGUCCUCAAACUCCCACUGCAAAGGAGGGGUCAGGAGAUGCCAGUCAGGGUCCAUUGCAGGAUCCUAAGGAAUUGAGGACACCAGGCAGAUCCAAAGGCACUGCAGGUACACCCAAACCCAGCAAGGAGAGCCACAGGGAUUCCCUGUUCCUGCUGGAGCAGUGCUCCAUAGAAAGGCUGGGCUGUCCAGUUCAGGGGACAGUGUGCAGCCCCAGCACCCCCAGUGCUGCCGAGGGAGGCCAGCGUGCACUGAGCACACCCACGCCCAGGAGGAAGAGCCCUCGCUCUCUUCUCGUGUCACCUCCCAAGGAAACCACUGGAAGGAAUCCUGGAAAUCCCCAUACUCCGAGGACCCCACAGCGUGGGUCACUCAAACUGAAGUCACUUCCAGAAACCCCAGCUGCAGCUCCAGGGGAGGAUCCAGCGUGCAGAAUCGAUACCACAGAACUGCCUUUGCCAGAUGACAAAUGCUUAAAGCAAAGACAGAACAGCAAACAACAAACACCAGGAAAACCUGUCCAAGAAGUGCUGAAGGAAAUCCAGGAUCAGGCAAACCUGGAUAACUCAAAGAUGGGACAUUGUGAAAGCCCUGCCUCUCCCUCUAAUUCCAAGAGUCCCAGAAGAAACAGCAGGGAAAGUAAAGAACUCUUGAACAAAAGUGCCCAUUCAGAGGCGCUGGCUUCGGAAGGGAUGUUGGCAUCUCCUGCUGGUCAGACACCUGGAAGGAAGAGGGGAAGGCCAAGGACCUCUGGAGUGCUGGCUGAAACAGCACUGGAGGCAAACACUGCUCAGGAACAUCACAGUUCAGGCAGAAAGGCCAGUGGAACUCCAGCAGAGCUGGCCACGGACAGCUGUCACCAAAACCAGGAGUUGGAAGAUGCCAGUGCUGCAAGACCAUCGGCCAAGAGAAGAUCUGGAAGUGCUGCUGAGCUGAGGGACACUGAGCCUGCCUCAGAAACCAAAACUUUGGGCCUCUUGCAUGGAGAAGACUCAGGCAAGACAAAAAGAAUCUCUCCGAAGAGGAAAAGUGGUGAAAUGCUCCCUCAGACUCUGGGCAAAAGGAAGAGAGUGUCUUUUGGUGGUCACCUGAGUCCAGAACUCUUUGAUAAGAGUUUGCCUCCCAACUCUCCCCUGAAGAGAGGAGCUCUCCCUGCCAGAAGGAGUUUGCCCAAUGGAAGCUCUCCUCGGGCUGUGCUCAAGAAGGCUCAGAGCUUGAAGCACUUGAUAAAUCAGGAAGAAAAAAGGUCACCCAAGAAUUCCCCAGGUGCCUCCUCCCCUGUCUCAGGGCAGGCAGCAGCCCAAACCCCUGCAGGCUCUCCAGCCCCGUUCAGGAGGGGGCGUUUCUCCAUCUCCAGGCCCCCCACACCAUUCCCCAUUGCAGAGGAGACAGAUGCUGCCACAGCAGACACGGCUCCAGAGGGGACAAGUGAUGCCCAGGGGAAAACACCAGAAUCUCCUGCUGCCCAAGAUGCCACAGCCUUGGUGACAGUGACACCUGCCAGGGCAGCCAGGGGUGCCCAGCUGGGUUUGAGGGCCGUGAAGAGCAGAGGUGGGGCCAUGGCUGUUAUCAGUGCCAAGAGGAGAAGUGGUGCCUCCAGUGCCAAUUUAUUAGUUGCCAAAUCUUGGGCAGAAGUGGUAAAAUCGGGAGUUGCAAGACCACAGCCAAAGACUGCUAGAAAAAGUAUCCGUAAAGGAAGAGCCCUGAAGAGGAUAAACCACCCACCAAAGACUCCAGAGAAGAAGAUAAAGGAUCACUUCAGCACAGGUCAUGCAGAGUCACCUGCGACCAUAGUUGUGGGUAGAGCUUAUUCCACCACAGUCAGGUCAGCUGGACACGUCCCCAGAGUGGUAAAAAAUCCCAAGCUGAAGCUGAACAUGGAUAUGGAUGAAAGCUUCACAGGAGUGCCUGAAAUGUUCCAAACUCCAGAAAAUCAGGGAGGAGGAACAUUUCCUUUGGCUGCUGCUCAGAAUGCUGAUUUUACACCACCAUGGGCUGCAGGGGACAUUUCUGACUUGCACACUCCUGAGGAAUCUGGAGAGAUGAUGGUGUCACCACUAAAUAAUUCAGAUGCUUCAGAGCAGAAGCAAGAGAGUGCAAGCAUAUUCUGCUUUUUGAGAGAGGAAUCAUCUCCAUCUAUGUUUGAUGAAAUAGCCACAGAAACUCCUGAAAAAAGAAAAGCUGUGCAUGAAGAUAGUGUGGAUAGUUUGGCAAUAAUUCCAGAAAAACCAGCAUCUCUGGUAAAAUCAGGAAGUAAAAGGAGAACUCCAAAGCAGAAGUUGGAGUCAGCUGAGGUCAUGUCAGGCAAAAGGAAGAUUUUAAGGACCCCUGAGCAAAGGUCAGAACCAGGAGAGGCUUUGUCAGGUGUCAAACAUCUCCUGAGGACCCCAAAGCAGAAAUUGGAGCCUGUAGAGGCUUUGUCAAGUGUCAAACAUCUCCUGAGGACCCCAAAGCAGAAAUUGGAGCCUGUAGAGGCUUUGUCAGGUGUCAGACAUCUCCUGAGGACCCCAAAGCAGAAAUUGGAGCCUGUAGAAGCUUUGUCAGGUGUCAAACAUCUCCUGAGGACCCCAAAGCAGAAAUUGGAGCCUGUAGAAGCUUUGUCAGGUGUCAAACAUCUCCUGAAGACCCCAAAGCAGAAAUUGGAGCCUGUAGAAGCUUUGUCAGGUGUCAAACAUCUCCUGAAGACCCCAAAGCAGAAAUUGGAGCCUGUAGAGGCUUUGUCAGGUGUCAAACAUCUCCUGAGGACCCCAAAGCAGAAAUUGGAGCCUGUAGAAGCUUUGUCAGGCGUCAAACAUCUCCUGAGGACCCCAAAGCAGAAAUUGGAGCCUGUAGAGGCUUUGUCAGGUGUCAAACAUCUCCUGAAGACCCCAAAGCAGAAAUUGGAGCCUGUAGAAGCUUUGUCAGGUGUCAGGCAGCUCAUGAGGACCCCACGGCGGAAGGCAGAACCAGUGGAGGACCUGUCUGGCAUCAAGCAGCUCAUGCGGACCCCACAGCAAGAGCUGGAGCCAGUCAUGGAUGAAAUUGCCUUGAGAAGGUUGCUGGAGACUCCAGUAGAGAGCAGGGGAGCAGUAAAAGCUGUGACUUCAACCAAGACAGCCCCAAAGCUGAAAUCCCAGCCCGUGGAAGACAUGGUGGGGAUCAGCCGCAUUUUCCGGACGCCAAAGGAAAAGGUUGAGCCCAUAGAAAGCAUGUUUGGAAUUACCAGAUUAAUGAAGUCUCCUAAGCAGAAAUACCAACCAGUUGAGGAUUUUGUGGGACUGCAAAGGCUCAUGGCAGAACCCAGGCAGAAAUCUGCUGAUUCUGAAGUGGACUAUGUUGGAGUUGCUGAAAUGUUUGGUACCCCAGAGGAAAUGAAGGUCAGAUCAGUAAAUGUUAUGGAUUCUCAGGAAGAAAUUGCACCUCCUGGUUCUAAUUCCAGUCAGAAACAUGAAAAGAAAGGAAAAGUUUCCCAAGGUGAAGAUUCUCAACAGAAGGACUCUGAUGGUGAAGAGCAGCCGACCCAGAGACCCAGAAGGGGCAGACCAAGGAGGGCUGCACCUCCUGCUGCAGCAAAGCCAAGUGAAAAUGUGAGUUUACAGGAACUGCAGAGUCCUGAGACCCAGGAGGAGCUGGGAGUGACCACACCUGAAAACAAGGGAAGAGGAAGGAGGACAAAGCGCUGCAUGCAAGGAGUUGUUCCAAAGUGCCCUGAUCAGGAAGAGCUCAACGUUAUUUCAUCUGUGGAACCACCUGGAGCUGCUCAGAGACCACGAAGAGGUAAAAGGAAGGAGCUGAAGGAGUUAGAACAUCCAAGUGAAAACCUCGAGUCUUGUGUUGAAGAUUCCUCAGUUCCACAAAAAGCACCUGCAAAUACCGAACAGAGUUUGCAGGACUGUGGCGUCAGUGAAACUGGAGAUGAUCCAGGCACAAAGCCAGGAGCUGGAAACACUCAGAAUGAAAUUUGUCAGCUGCAAACAGGUUUAAAUGAUCUUGAUAGCAAAGCUAAUGACAGCGGGAUAGAGGACAGUGACGAAGUGCUCCUGUCACCGAGGAGGAGGCGCAGAGGAGCGGAGAACACAGAACCAGUGAUUCCACCAAAAAGAGGGAGACGAGCAAGGAAUGAGCAAGGCAAGGCAGCUUCUCCUGGAGACCUUCGUGGAACAGGAAGAAAGCUUCGUAAAGACUCCUCCCCAAAGGCUACCCAAAGACAGGAACAGGCUUGUGACAAAGCUCCUGAGGCUGUCACAGCACAAGAAUCUGAAAAUGGCACUAAACUUGAACUGAAGGCAACAGAGAGAAGAGUUAAGUCUUUUAGAAGUACUAGAAACAGAAAGCACUCAGCUGAAAUAAAAGCAGACACUCGUGGGGUCACACUUGAAAACACACAAAACAUUCAGAAAACUGAGGAAACAUCAACUGAAACUGAUGCUGAAACACAAUCCCACGUGAAAAAUGAGAUGAAAGGAUCUCAGGGAUGUGAAACAGAAAAUGCUCAGGAAAAAACAACAGAGGCAGCUCUAAGAUUAAAGGCAGAGUCACCUUCUGCAGAGACAAACAAAAUGCCAGUCAGUGCUCAGAGCAUGGAAGCAAACAGGGCUAGAAACAGGAGAGGCAAAAAAGACUCUUUGGAGCAAAAAGCUGAUGAAUUUACUGAAAAUGUGAACAGCCUAAAUCCAGUUACUCCCAAAGUGAAGUCAGAAACAGAUGAAUCUUCUCUCCAGGAUUCCGUGGGCUCUGUUUGUGUCAGUGCAGCCCCAGCCAGGCAGGAGCAGCCCAGCCCAGGUGCCACAUCAGCCCCUGCUGCAGACAGUGCCAGUCCUGCUCAGGGCAGCCAAAGGAGGACCAGAAAUGAACGGGGAAUACUUAGAGCAAAGCAAACUGAAAUCAUCCUGCAGGGGAAUCCAGCACAAAGAAAUGCAGUGAUGUGUAGAAGAGGAAGAGGUAAAAAAGUUAAUUUUCAGCUAGAAGAAGGCAGUUCCAAAGCAGUUGAAGGAAAGAGUUUACCUGAGGGUGAUGAAGGGAUGACUGACAAAGAUAAUCAACAUGAGAAUUCUGAAAAUCCGCCUUCACAGGGAAGGAGGGGCAGGAGAAAGCAACUGGAUUCCAUCCCACAAAAAAUUGCUAGUCCUGCCUUUAUGGAGAAACAAACAUUAAGUGCAGAUGACAGGAAAGAUGAGGCUGUUGUACAAGAGCAAGGAUCAGCUUUGGGAGCUGCUCCCUCUUCAGCAGAGGACAACCCGCCGAGACGGGGGAGGAGGCGCGAGGCAGCAUCACAGACCAGAUCUCCUUCUGUCAGAACGAGACGUGGGCUGCUGGAAGGUGAGGCUAAAAAUGUGGCACAGAGAGAGAGUGAAAAUCCAGCUCUGGGUAAUGAAACUUCACAGGCAAAAGUGAAUGCAUCAGCAGGGAGCAGAAGGAGAAAGAUAGAUCCAGCAGCAGAGGCAAGGAGUUCAACUCCUCCCCGGAGAAAACGUGGCUUGUCAGAAACUAGAGAUGAGGGUGCUCAUGAAGAACAAAGUGUGCCCUUGGAAGCAGUGUCCUGUGCAGAGGAGAAGCCAGCAGGGAGGGGCAGAAGGAAAGAAACUGCUCUGGGAUCACACACAACCAACCCCAUCUCCCUUCGGGGCAAACGUGGUUUGCCAGCAGGUGAUGGAGAAGAAGCUCCCAAAGAAGAGCAGAGUGUUCCCUCAGAAACUUGUGAUCCAUCUGGGAAAGAAAACCAACUGAGGAGAGGCAGGAGGAAGGAAACUGACCCCUCCAUAGAAGCCAAAAGUUCUAUUGAGGGAAACACGGUCCUGUCAAAACAAAGUGGUAGAAAAAAUAACAAUAGGGAAGCUAAACUCAGUUUGGACAAUUCUUCCCAAGAAAAUACGGAUCUUGUAAAAGGGGGCUCGAGGCAAGCAACAACUUCACUGGCUCUUAGUCCCACCUCACUUCAAGGUUUGCCAGAAGAUGGUAAAGACAGAAUUCCUGAAGAACAAAGUAAACUUUCAGAAGGAGCUCCACCUGCAAGAGAAAAUCCGUCAAGAGUGGGCAGGAAGAAAACAACUCCUUCCACUUCUGAAGAAACAAUUUCCACUUCCCUCAGGGGAAAACCCGACCUGCCCAGAGGCAGAGGUCAGAAGAGGAUUCUCAGAGAAAGUGAAGAUACAUCUCCAGAAAAUAAUCCACGCCAGGGAAGAACAAGGCAGUUGAGGAAUAACAGGAGGAAGGUGGAAUUCCAAUUAGAGGCAGCUUCUACUUCUCCCGAUAAAAGCAGUGACUUGCCAGAAAAUGGCAACACUCUGGAAACUCAGGAUUUGAGUGGAGCCUCCACUGGUUCUGAAGAGAGUCAGUCUGGAAAAGGCCAGGAGGGUGACCCUGCUCCACGGGCAGCCCCCAGCUCUCGCAGGAGGAAAUGCCAGCUGCCAGCAGAGGAUGUGGCACCCAAAAAGCUAAAAUCAGGGAAUGAUGAAAAUGGGUCUCUACAAAGAGGAAGAAGAAACAAAACUAAAGUUGGAGAAGAGGAUGCAAGGGCAGCUCAGAGCACUGGAGGGAUGGAGAGGAGGACAAGAUCCAGCACAAGAACAAGGAAAUAGCCUUAAGAGUCCCAGAACCAGUUUUUAAAUCAAUUCAAUAAUUCCUGUUACAGGUUUUUUUAAUGUGAAUUGAUUUGCACUCAGAUUUUAACGUCUGAUUUUUGAUAAUUCUAUGGUUGCUUUACAAAAUCUAUUUUUUAAUGUGUUUACAGAUAGAAGGUAGAUAUUUCUUUAGAAGCUUUGCCAAUGUGUGGUGGGUUCUAAACCAUGGGGUGCUUGUGCAAAGCUGCAAACAUAAAAUAAAUUUUUUAUACCAGUGUUUCUCCUUUUUUUCCUGUUGAUCAGUACAGCAAUCAGGAAGCAAUAUUACUGCCAGCUAAAGCAUUUUCUGCUGAAGUUUUCCUACUUAAGUUUUAUUAUUCGUUGGGAGCUCUGUAAAUAUUCUUUUUUUUGAAAAAAAUAUAGUUGUAUUAGCAGAAGUAUUAUGCUAAAUUUUUGAUAAGCUUUUUUAAAAAGAAAAUUAAGCUUGUCUUGAAAAGUACAGAUUUU